AUGCAUUUCCGGUCUUCCCUUGCUUGGAGCAUGGUCGCUAGCGCCACUCAAGUUCAGGCACAGUAUCUUCUCAAUGACAUGAGCUUUGGUGUCGGCUCCAAGAUCUCAGAAAAUGGCCACACAAUACCGAACUUCUCGACACAGGGUAACCCACGGCUGCCCGAACUCCUCUCCAACAAGCUGAUCCUAACGCCUCCUGCACCCGGAAACCAACGCGGAGCCGUAUGGACCGACAAGGAGCUGCACCAAGAUGAGUGGGUGACCGAUGUCAGCUUCCGCGUCAAUGGGCCCGAGCGUGGUGGCGGAAAUAUGAAUAUUUGGAUGGUCAGGGAUGGCUCGCGCGAGGUUGGAACCAGCAGCAUCUACACCGUCGGCCACUUUGAGGGCUUGGCGUUGGUUGUGGAUACGUACGGCGGCUCUGGUGGCAUGAUCCGGGGCUUCCUGAACGACGGCUCGACCGACUAUCGGUCUGCACACGUCGAUGGUCUUGCUUUUGCGCACUGCAACUACGCAUACCGCAACUUGGGACGGCCCUCCGAGAUCAAAGUCACGCAGACCCAACACAACUUCCGGGUUGACGUCGAUAGCAGCCUGUGCUUUGAGAGCACCACUGUGGGAAUCCCGGGUGGCUACAAGGUCGGUGUGACGGCAGCCUCAGCCGACAAUCCGGACUCGGUUGAGCUGUUCAAGGUCGCCGUACUCUCUCACCAGGUUGGCAAGACGCAGGAUCACCAUGACGACCAUCACGAUGCCGGGCAUGACAACAGCCACGCGCACGAUGACCAUGGAGCCGAGCAUGACAACGAAAAGGCCCACACGCCGUCCAAGUUCUCACGCGGGCAUUCGGAGCCCGAGCACGGCUCUAGCCACGCCGAGCACUGGGAUGAGGACAUCCCCGACGAGUCGGCCAGCAAGUACACUUCGUCCAAGGCUCAAUUCGAGGAUCUUCACAACCGACUUCAGAGCGUCAGCCACCACUUGUCCACCAUUUUCAAGCAGGUUACGGCACAGCACAGCAUGGACGAGCAUCGUCACGAGGAGACGUCUUCCAUGAUUAACGACGUCAAGACAGCGCUGGGCAAGCUCCACGAUAUCGACAGCAGGAUGCACAGCCUGGAGCAGGAGGUGCGCAGCAUCCGGGCGGAUCUGUCGCACAAGGUUCAAACAUCGGAGAACAACAUCCGCACUUUCGUGGGGGAUACUCACUUCAAGACUGUCCAGACGGUCCAGAAGCACGCUGCUCCGGGACACAGCCGGCUUAUCUUUGUUAUUAUUGCCAGCCAGCUGCUGCUUGUAGUUGGAUAUGGCGUGUACAAGCGGAGAAAGGCAUCGAUGCCCAAGAAAUACUUGUAA